AUGCUAACUCUUGUACAUCCAUCAACAUUAUCAUCUUCAACUCAUUAUCCAACAUCGAAUACAAUUUUACCAUCAACUUCCUCCUCUAAAAUGAAUUGGCAAGCGUUAAGUCAAUCUGAACCAAGUAUACAAUCGCGAAAUUUUAUAAAUCGUUUUGCAACAGCAACAACAGCUAUUGGAAAAGAAAAUUAUAAUUCUUCAUUAAAAGUAUCUAUUGGACAUGAAACUGUAAAUAUUACAGAAAUAGCGGCAUCAAACGAGCGUAGACGCGCCCGACAAGGAGCAAAUAUACUUAGCCUCUGUUUUAUGAGUUUCGUUUCGGCUAGUCUAAUAUUAAUCGCUGUCUGUACGAUGAAUUUAUUAUCAAAAAAUGACUUACCAGUGGCGUAUAUAACUCCAUAUCAUCUUAUUUCGAAUAGUCCAAUAUUAACAGCACCAAUUCAAAUAAAUCCAUCACAAAAUUUGUCUCCAAUCGUAUCUUCGACGUCGUCUCCGUCAAUGACAUUAGCUCCAUCGUUUCCGUCUGGUUUUCUAAUAGCGGCGGCAUCCGGACAUUAUGUCGGAUCAAAUACAAUAACGACAAUGAUACCGGUUUAUUAUCAAUCUAUUCGUGAUUUAGCCACUGCAGUUUGUUUAUUAAUCGUGGUAUUCAAUUGUUUUUGUCUACUCGUAUUCAGUAUUGAGAUUUAUCUCGGAUGUAAUUAUAUUAAAUAUCGUCGAGGAUCCGACAGUAUGUCAUUAAUACCUGCAAUUGUCUCUUUAACAAUUUUGGGACUCGGUUUAGUCUUCAUUUUGAUUACAUUAAUAGCACAUUUGAGUAAAUGGCAACCACGACCUAUAAUGAGUACAAAAAUUGGUGUUAGUCCAUACCGAACUGAUCCACAAUUUGUCGAUGAUGAAUUGGAUACCAAAGCAGACGAGUUGUCGACACUUGUAUAA